AUGAAUAUCUCCAAUGGGGAAGAUCAAGUUCAUGCAGAGGGUAUAUUGGGAAAUGGAACUGCUGAUGGUAAUAGAGAGAAUGAAACAGCACCCAAAGAGAAAAGGCUAGGUCAAUUAACAUUUGAAGAUUUUGAGCAUAUAAAGCAUGUAGAAACAUCUCCUAGUAUGUCAGGCCAUGCAGUUGGUUUAAGACGAUCAAAACGUGUACAUCUACCUCGAUUUCAAAGGGAUCCAGAUGAAAUCGCCGAAGAAGAAGCUGCUGCUGCUGCAAAAGAUAAAAGGUCAAAAGCUGCCGUUAGAGCUAGGGCCAAGGCCAAGGAGAGGGAAAAAUUGGCAAAAGAGAAGGAGAAGCAGAGGGCGGCACUGCUGAAGAAGGCCGCCAAGGAAAAUGCCAAAAAAUCUUCAGCCAAUGGAAAAAGUGGCCCAAUAGCAACCGAGUCUUCAGUACCUACCUUAACUAAUGGAAACUGGACCCCUAACAUGCCUUUACUCUCUUCUGAUUACAAGACGCAUCACAGUAUCAUAUCAAGAUUGAAAAAUCCAAACAUGAAAGCGGUCCCUUACGCAGGUACUAUCAUGAAGCUUAUGUCAUUUAUAAACAAGUUCAGCUUAUAUUUCGCAAAAGAACUGUUGAAUUUAUCUUUUCAAGAUUUUGAAAUAGGUCUGGAUUUAUACCCCGAGGAUUCAUUAGGUAUUUCAUCUAUUAAUACAGAAGGGUCAGCUCAUCGGACGACCUUAUACCAGGAUUUCGUACCUAUAAAGGAUAUUGUAUCAGCACAAGAUAAAAUGAAUCUCCUCUUUCUCACCCUACUAAAGUUGACUUUCUCGACGUCAAAAUCAAAUGAACUUCAAAAGACGCAUCACCCUCAUGCAACUAUGAAUCAGUUACAUUCUUCCAAGAAAAUUUUUGCACAUUUAAUGAAGCAGCUGCGUGCUCAUGCCAAGGACUGGGGUUAUCCCAAGGAAUGGAAAUUUGAGACGCUUGAUGUGGAGGCUUUCUUGAAACCCAAGUCACAAAUUUUUGAGAAUGACGAAUUAGAAGAUCCUGUCGAUCCAAAAAAUGGUUCAAUUUUGACCAAGAAUCUUUAUACAUGGCACCAACAAGAAAUAGUGCCGCUAGAAUCAGAUCCUUUAUACAUUUCUGAACUUGAUAGAAAUGGUAUACUUGCGCUUGAACCUCAUGAUCGAGUGAUUCUCUUUAGGUCUCUUCUUGAUUGGUGUAGCGCACAAUCUCCACAAAUUCGCAAUGAGAUCUACCACCUAUCGCAUUUCAAACGAGAUCCUUCAUUUGGAAUACAAACUCAGCAUGCGCCAAGAUAUAUGGUUGAAGGUGCCUCAAUUACCUUGGCUCAAUUCAGAAAACUGUGUUCUAUGGUACAGACAAAGUACGAGAUUAGGAGUAAGAAAAAACAUGUUAAGAAACAAAUUGAGAGUGGUAAAAGAGCUGAUCUCGUCAAGAAAUUUGACUUCCUGAAGGAAAUAAAAGCAGAAAUGAAAAAGACUCCCAAAGAAGAGAAAGAUCAAGUAAUGAUCGCUUUAUAUGACAAGUGGUGUGGUCUAUUCGAGGGUGAACUACAGGACAACCCAUUAAGUGAUCCAUUUGAAGAUGAGCUAUACAAGUUGAGGCAGCAGGAGUUUUUCAUUGGAAGGGUACCUCAAAUCGGAGAUUUUUAUCUCCCAAGACUUCACGCUUAUGAUUCCUCUCCAAUUGCAAGUACAUAUCGCGAUUUGAGAAGUUUGCAGGAGCUUCUGCGUAAGUUCUCAGAUGGUACCGUCGAUGCUUUUACUUUGUUCGAGAAUCAUGGACAGGAGAUGAGCUCACAAUUUAAAGUGAUAUAUCACGACACACCAUCUGUUGUACGUGACACCGUUCAUGGGAAAUAUACUGCAAAUAAGAACUACUGGUUUGAGAUGUGCUGCGACACAGUCACUCUGAAAGAGUUUUUGGACUUUUUAGAAUAUAAAAUUACACCAGGCGAUACUGUAAAGGUACAGGACCAUAACGCCUUAAAUGGUCAAAUGUCUUUAGAUGACAAUCCGGAAAAAGAACUAAAUGGUGCAGAUUCUACAACAUUGCCACCUCAUGAGAGUGACAAAGAAAAUGAAAAACCCUCCCCUGAUACCAACUCUAACUCAUUGAUAAACAAACAUCCGUUACCAAAGGAGGCUAGGUUUAACGCAGCAAGGACUAAGCUCGAGUAUUUAAAAAAGUUUCUAACGGACAUGCUACCAGUAUUGCAAACUUUUGAGACGCUAAAGGAGCAAUAUUCUGAUAUGAAACCUGGCAAACGACUUCUCAGAAGAGCCCAAACACGUAGUAUCAAUUACAACGCAAGUUACGACAGUGAUGCAGAGAAUGCUGACCUAGAUAUGGGUGAAGAAUUCGUAGACGAUGAAGAAGACUCAGAAGCCAACUCCGAUGAAGCAGAGGACUCAAAUGAACAGGUGGUGGAGGAAGACGAGGGCGAAGAAAUGGACGAAACUGAAAAUCAACGUGGUGCCAAAAGAGCUCGCUCAGAAAGAAAUAACUCGAGGAUUGCAAAGAAGAAUAGAAGAAGCUGA